AUGGUUCUACGACCGGAACCGCUCCGCCUUACUUCCGUUUCUUCUUCCGGGUUCGCCCCCUCCCGCCCGGUCUUCGAGUCCCCCGUUGCCGAGCAACGCGGGCACUUCCUUCCGGGCCGCGCGGUGCCUGACGGGAAGCAUGGAUUCGCACGAGCUCUUCCGAAAGCUCGGAGCCGGCGCCAAGUUCGACGUGAAGCGCUUCAGGAGAGACGCGGAGCGAUUCAAGGUAAGGGGGGGGGGCAAAAAGACAGCAGUCCUCCCCCUGCCUGGAAGCCCCAUCCCUGGCUUCACUUUCGUGGUUGGGCCUAGUUCCACGCUCCGUUCACCCCCAGGAGCCUUUGGUUCCGUUGUUAUUAUUAUUAUUAUUAUUAUUAUUUUAUUUUAGUCUUAUUCUCUCGUUCUCAUUUACGGACAGUUUAAUUUUCAUGCCCCUGACAAAAGUGGGCUGAGAGCUUUUGCCAGGAGUGGGGAACUUGCUUCCCAUGCAUUUUGCUUCUUGUCAACCUUCUGGGGGCCACAUGACAGUAGUGGGCAGGGCCAGAAGAAAAAAAUGGGUGGGGUAAAUGGAAGUAAAAUGCAACCAAGUAUAUGGUUAAACCCAGUGUUUUUUUCUUUAAAAAAUGUUUAGGGGUACUCUUAUUUUGACUCAAGAAAAUCACCAUUUUAUAGAUCAAAUCGGGGAAAAUAAAUACAGUAAAUGGACAAAAGUGCAAAGAUUCACAAAAUGUUUAGGGAUAUGCAUACCCCUGCGUCCCCCCAGAAAAAAGUAUUGGCUAAACCAGUUUCUACACAAGCCUGAACACCUCUCCCCCCACCCUCAAGCAACUGCCAUUUUCACAAUUCAGGGGCACGUCUCUGGCCAGCCAAAAACACUUAAGGAGACAGUAAAGUAGAGCUCAUGAAGGGUGGGGCCUGGGGAGUCUUCUGUAGGUCAGAUAGAGAGGCACAAAGGGGCAUUUUUGGUCUGUGGGCUUGAGUUGCCCCAUCUUGUCUUACUCCACAGUGGUCUUUAAGAUGCCACCAAGCGCUUUGAUUGUUUUUAUUCCAAGAGACGCACACAGCUAUGCCUUUGGAAGUAUUUUUUUAUCACGCUGCACAUCUUAUUCUUGCAAAGCAGUGGCGUAACGGAGCAGGGGUGAAGCACCAUUUAUUUUACGGCAGGGUGAAAUGAUGUGUUCUGCAUUCAAAAGUCCUCUGCAUGGCAAAUGAAGUUUUUUGAGCCCUGGCUGGCUUUUGUGACCAGGCAGGGUUCUUGGUACCUGGUUCUUCCUGGGGAAACAAGAACUCUAAACCACAGGGAUGUUGUGGAUCUGUUUGAUUUCAGGUGAUCAGAACUAAGGAUAAAGAAGCUGGAGCAUCGGAGAUUCUGGGAGAGCUUGACUUCUUUGCUAACCAAAGCAAAAAACCACCCAAUCCUUCCGAUGAUGGUGGAGGAGGAAAUUGUCUUCUUGAACCCCAAGCUGAAGCAUUGGAAUUACAACCUGAAAAUAAAGGAAAUGAACCCAGAUUGGUGGGCAAGGCAAGGGCUGCAGAGAAGAGAAAAGGAGAUGGGCAAAGCAUGGAAGGGAGGGGCAAAAAGAAAAAGGCUCAAGGUAAAUGAGUGGGCAGUUCUUUCUAAAAAUAAUACAUUCUUUUUUAUUCUUGUUAAAUCAAUGAGGCAUCCAGGAAGCAUGGGCAGUUGUCAAGUGAUACAAACUCAUUUGUACACAGUUGUGGCAGCAGAGUAACACUUUAGUAUGAUUAAACUCUGAAUUGCCUUCCACAUAUAUACUCCAAGCAAUUUUAGGGACAUUUUCUUAAAAAACAGCACAACAGAACAUAGGUAUAAUGAACAACGCUGGUCUUCUGGUGGCUUAUAAUGUUUUCUUGCUGGGUUCAGAAGCUGAUUGUAUAUUUUUCUUGGAUCCUGAUCUCCUGUUUUACUUCUACCUGUGAUGUACACAGGGCUUACCUGUACUGAGUUGUGCUUUUAUUGUAAUAGGUAGCUUGGAGGAGUCUGUGUGGUUGCUGACUUGUGUUGCACUAGCAGUAAUACUACUACUAAUAAUUUUUUUAUUUGUACCCCACUCAUCUGACUGCGUUGCCCCAGCCACUUUGGGUAAAAAGGCCACUUCCCCGAAACCAAACCUGCCUGUCAAUCAGCCGAUAGGGCAGGAGUGGGCAGGGUUCAAUCUUUCUUGAUGCUGCUUUGCCAAACUGCCCCCCCCCCAUGGGUCAACUUUGACAGGUGGGAGGGAACACCCACCUUCCAUUCACCUAAUUAUUAUUAUUUACAUUUUGAUUUUUCUGUGAACCACUUUGAACGCAGAUUUAUUUGGGUAAAAUGCGGCUUAUAAAUGACAAUGGCAAAUGGCAACAUCAUCACUACCUGUCAAAGUUGGCCUGUAGGGGUGGGUGUGGAUAAAAGAUCGGGCCCACUGGGCCAAAAAAAAGUUUCCCAUCUCUGUCUGAAGUGGUGAUUACACAGCAAUUUAGUUUUCAUCUUUUCGUUCUGGUUUAUAUACAUGGAUGUUCUUGAAACUUUCAGAGGCAGCCCCCAUAAAUCUUGGUACUGAAAAUGAGGGGAUAUUGUGGAUGUCCACUUUGGAAGCAAAGCUCAGCGCUCCAAGGAGCAAGGGGGAGAAGGAGCCCCCUGCAGCAAAACUGGAACAAGCUAGACAAGAAAAGGUGAGUUGGUUCUCUUUAGUGUGCUACCUGCAAGCAGUUUGGAAGUAGUAGCAAGUGAUAGCCAUGAAACGCUCUGGGGUGACCUUGGUCCAGUUGCCUUCUUUCUGUCAGUCUAACCUACCUCACAGGGUUGUUGUGAGAAUGAAACAGGGAGGAAAACAGGGUGUACCACCUUGAGUUCCUUGGAGGGGAUAGGUGGUGUGUGAAUGAAACCAAUUAAUUAAAAAUAAAGUCUGCUAAAAAAAUGGCAUGUGCUUUAAUCUCCAUCUUAAAUGAUUGAGGGUUGAAUUUGAAGGUUAGCACGAGUUAAGAGCAUGAUCAAGGGAUCCUGGCUAUCAUUUCAUCUCAGAACAUAUGAGAAGCAGGGAUUGAUUUCUACCAGGUGAGAUGUCACAUUUCUAAAAGGGUUCAAAAAAGUUUUGCCAAGUGAACUUCAAGUCUGCAUCCCCAGGAACCCUAAGAUUGCUGCAGUAAUAAGCUUGCAUUUUCAAAAGUUGUACUAGUUACUGGCAUUUUAUAAUUGCAGGACAUGUUUAGGUCCCCCCCCCCCCAAGCUGAAAGUUUACAUGUCAAAAAUUGUGUGCUUUAGUGCAGUAUUAAGACUGGCAACCAAAGCAAUAUGUAGAUGUGGGGUUUCUUUUUAAAUUUUAAAAAUAAUGACUUCCACUUUAAUGUAGCAUGUACAUCUUGGAAUUUUCUAGGUAAAUCACUUCAGAAAUAAGCACAAGAUCUACAUUCAGGGAACAGAUCUUCCGGAACCUAUUGCUACGUUUGAGCAACUUGCAAAGGAAUACAACGUCCACCAGAAGAUCAUGCAGAACAUUGAAGCUGCAGGGUUCCAGACUCCCACACCAAUUCAGAUGCAGGCUAUUCCUGUCAUGCUCCAUGUGCGUCCUGGUUUAAUCUUUCACUUUGAGGUGAAACGGUGAUGUAGUCUGUGACGUUCCUUAAGUUAUCCUUGUUUAACUUCUCCACCAGCAAAAUGGUGGGGGGACAGCGCCUAUUUUGCAGGCGUGUUAUGAACUCAGAUUGAAUUAUUACCCAAAGUCCUUUUUGGGCAUAUUCUAUACUAUCAAUGAAUGACAGGGAGAACUGAACAUUUCUGUGGUGCAUUUUUCACCCAUUGUGGCUUUCAGCGCUGUACCAGCUGCCUAACCCAGCCUUGGCUCAUUCCCUUUUCUCCUCCACCCCACCAGGGUCGUGAACUUCUGGCCUGUGCCCCCACUGGCUCAGGGAAAACAUUGGCUUUCGGCGUUCCUGUUUUAGCACACCUGAAACAACCUAUGAAUAAAGGUUUCAGAGCACUGAUAAUAUCCCCUACACGGGAGCUUGCCAAUCAGGUAUGACGAUGUUAUUAUAUUAUAUUGUAUUGUAUUUUUGCCCUAAAUUGGAUUUGAAGGUGCAUUUAAUGCUUGCUGUCAGGUUGUGAAAGCUAAACAGCGAAGUGCUUCACCCAUGUGGUACACUUGUCAUGUAAACUUUCCCAAAGGAAAAGUGGGCAGGAAGUAAGGUGUUGACUAAUAGGUGAGAACAGUGAGUUGCUUUAAAUGGUCAUAUACCUAUUUUCUAGCCCCUGACUACUCACUUUGCUUGGGGUUGGGGAGUGCCUUUUCCUUAUUUACAUUACACAUUUAUACGCCACUGUUUAGACAAAGAAAGGGCUCUCAGAGCAACUUUCAAAAACUCAGGCUCACAAUUUUAAAAGACACGUCAUCCAAGGAAAAAAGGAAUAGCAGGGAGGAGGAAAAAGCACGCUCAAGCAUAAAUUUGUAAAGUUGCAUCUGAUACCAGUGGUAGUUCUGACUUCCAGUAUAUUUGUCCAUCUAGCCCAGCAUUAUCUACUCUGAUUGCCAUCAGCCCAUUCUGGGUCUCUAGCAGAAGUCUUUCCCAUCAUCUGCUACGUGAUCUUGUUUUUUGAGUUGGAGAAGCUGGAUUGAACCUUGGAUCUGUGCUGAAAUAUGGGCCCUUCAGUCUGUCUUUGCUGUUUAUUGUUAUUAUUCUGCCCUUGAACAUAACUCUGAAUGUGUAGAUACUUGGCUUCUUUUUUUAAAAAAUGGCAUUUAUGUUCAUUUUUAAAAAUAAAUGAUUAUUCCUUUGUAUUUUAGACACACCGAGAGCUGCUUAAGCUGUCAGAAGGUAUCGGCUUCAGAAUACACAUGAUCCAUAAAGCUGCUGAGGCUGUGAAAAAGUUUGGGCCAAAGUCAUCUCAGAAAUUUGGUAACUUGGACAGAAACUGGAGUUCACAGAUUCCAAUCCACUCCCUCUUCCAUUGCCCUGCCUGGCUAAUUGUGUGUAUGUCCCCCAUCCCGUCCCUGCCCCCCCGCAGAUAUUCUGGUGACUACUCCGAACAGACUUGUCUAUCUUCUGAAACAAGACCCUCCAGCAAUAGAUUUGACCAGGUAAAAAAACAGAGCUCUCAUUUAAAAUAAGUUCCUUCAGUCUACCAGCAUGUUUGACACAUGCACUAAAAUUUCUGAGUCCAGCCUCUGGCACCACCCUGAGCUCCUUGGAGAAAAAGUGGACUGUAAAUGUAAGUUUAUAUACCUCACUUUAAUACUAGCCAGGGGUGAAACCACUUCAAGGAUUCAUUCUUAGCAAGGCCAUCUGGGAAAGGGUGUGCCCUGUGUCUGAUCCUACUGGCUGUGUAAGACUUGUUCAUCUUUCUCCCCUCUAAACUGCAAAUGUCCGCCUUCUGCUUUGCCGUAGGGUUGAGUGGCUGGUGGUGGACGAGUCGGACAAGUUAUUUGAAGAUGGGAAGACGGGCUUCCGAGACCAGCUUGCCACCAUCUUCCUGGCGUGCACCUCCCACAUUGUCAAGAGAGCCAUGUUCAGUGCAACCUUCGCCCACGACGUAGAGCAGUGGUGCAAACUCAACCUAGACAACAUAGUGUCUGUCUCUAUUGGAGCAAGGCAAGUGUGGAAGAUUGAGCGUUGCCCCUUUCUCUCUCAAUGUUCUCACAUUCCUGUUUCUAGCUAGAGAAGCUGGUUGAUUUUUGUCACACUUCCUUGAGCUUUGUGGAGCAUUUGAGUAUUUUUGCCUUAAAGCUGUCAUGAAGGAAGAGGACACUUGAAAAGUCCCUUUGGCUGCUGUCUUCCCCUUCUGGGACCUGAUUCAUUCCAUUUGGUUCCAUUCACUGUCAUUGCGUACUUUUUACAGUCUCUUGUGAUGCUGAAGAGGCAAGCGGUUUAUCCUGAAGAGUCUGCUUGCCUCUUCAGCACAUAGUGGAAACUUUAGGGACCUCUGACUUUUUGGUGUUGCCUUGCCAAGUUUUAGGGUUGGCCGGAAAGUGUGUUAAGGAGUACUGUGCAUUAACUGUGGAAUUAGGAAGGAGUACUUAAAGCUGUCUCUCAGCUCAUACUGCAAACCCCCCAGGUUGCAAAAAGUCCAGUGCUGUUCUUUACACAGGACUGGGUGGGUGAGAGAGGAGGAAGUGUGAAGAGUGCUUUCUUUCUUUCUUGGGGCUGCGUGGAUGGAGCAGAACUGCUCUAAAUAAGUCACCCGUGCUGAGGUUUCCCUCAUCCUGUGACAGCUUUAAGGAAAGGAAAGAACUGUCCAGUGAGCCCCAUCAAUCUGGGGGCCUUGGCUGCAAGCUAGUAUAAAGUGUUCUGUGUUUCCGAAGCUUUCUCAUCUGCAAAAAGCUUGCAGCGGGCUGGUGGGGAACUUGGGGCCUAAGCAUCAAAUGUGGCCCUCCAGGUCUCUGUCUAGCCCUCAGAGCUCUCCUUAGGCCACACCCCUUACCAGCCCUGCUUUGCACCAUCCUUCAGUGAUUUUGCCUGGCUGGGAAUGUGUCGUUGAACUGAUAGUACCUUUUGCUUGCCUGGAUAGAGGACAGAGAAGGGUUUGCAAGUGUGCGUGUGAAAACUAGCCUUCUGGAGGAAAAGUUGUUUUCUGGCCCUGCCCACCAUAUGGCCCUCAGCCCCACCUCUGGUUAACACCCAUUCUGUUGGUAGUUUUCUCACUCUGACAUUUCCUUUUGAAAUAACUUUAAUCCCAGUCCAUCUUCAAGCCUUGACAAUGCCUACCUGUUCUUUGAUUUCAGGAAUGCUGCGGCUGAGACAGUGGAUCAGGAGCUCUUGUUCGUUGGAUCGGAGACGGGGAAACUGCUAGCGAUGAGGGGCCUUGUGAAAAAGGUUGUUUCCCAGAGUAGUUUGGCGGCCAGUCCUCCUUCCUAGAAAACUAGGGAUUGCAGCUGUCCAAACGGAAUAGUGUUCUCCCAACAGCUCUCAGCGCUCUUAACAAGCUGCACUUCCCAGUUUGACUAACACCCAAUGCAAUCCAUUGGAACAAGUGGGGCUUCCAAUUAAACAUAGAUAGGGCUUCGUGGCAUGAGUUGUUUGGUGCCUGCUACCCCUGGGCUUGGGUCUCCUGACUUUUGUGAUCAGAUUUCCCCCAACUUUUGGCCCUCCAGAUGUUUCAGACUACAAAUCCCAUCAUCCCUCGCCAGCACAGGUAUGCAGGGAGAAAGAGAAUGAAGCAGCCCACCUGUGCACUGCUCAUAUGCCUAAGAUCCCCGGGGUUGAAUCACUGUUUACAUUCUGUGCUUUGAUUACAAACUCCCUGGCACAGAAAUACUUAGGCCAUUUUUGCUGGGUAUCUUUGUGAAGCUUGUGCUGGCAGAGGCCAAUUGGAGCCGUUGCCCGAAACAGCUGGCAGCCGCCAGGGUGGGGAAGGCUGAUCAUGGCUGACUAUCUCAAAAAUGCUACCAGGCCCUUUUCGCACGUGAUCAGCCACCAAGCUUUCUUUCCCCCCCUCCUUCCCUCUUUCUCUUUGCAGGGCUUCACACCACCUGUCUUGGUAUUUGUCCAGUCCAUUGAACGGGCAAAAGAGCUUUUCCAUGAGCUCAUUUAUGAAGGCAUCAACGUGGACGUCAUUCACGCAGACAGGACCCAACAGCAGGUAGGAGAAACGCUGCUGAACGCGGAAGGCAAGUCUGAGCCGCUAGAUUGUUCCUCCGUUUUCCUUGACAUGUUUAGAAGCAGGUGUCAGGGAAGGAACCCGCACCCAGGAACUGAUGCAGCUUGAGCAAUUCUGUGUUGCCAGCUUGGAGUUAUAGAAGCCGCAGUGUAAUUGUGGCUUUUGUGAAGCUGGAGGCAGGGAAAACCACUGAUACACGUUUCUGUUUCCCCUAGAGAGAUAGUGUCGUCCACAGUUUCAGAGCGGGGAAGAUUUGGGUCCUUAUCUGUACUGCUCUGUUGGCAAGAGGCAUCGACUUCAAAGGAGUGAACAUGGUUAUUAAUUUCGACUUCCCGAGUAGCGCUGUGGAAUACAUCCACCGGAUCGGUGAGUGUGGGCUGCGCAUUUCCAUCACACGGCUCUUGGUUAUUUCAGACUUCUGUCUACUCCCGCUAAAGGUUGGGAGGUCCUCCUUGUGGGCUUCCCAGAAGAGGCAUCUGGUUGGCCACUGUGAGAUCAGGUGUUGGAGCAGAUGGGCCUUUGGCCUGAUCCCACAGGGCUCACCUUAUGGGGAGAACAAUAGCACAAGCCAUACCUUGCACAGGUGGGGUCCGGACAAUCAGUCUUUGGUGUCUUGCAGUUAAAAACACACAGAUAGAUAGACAGACAGAUAGCUAGCUAGAUAGAUAGAUAGCUAGCUAGAUAUGAGAAGGGUAAGUUUGUUGUUUUCUCAGCUGGAGCGAUACUCUUGAAAGUGUGCAGGCAAUGCUUGCUGAAUCUUGGGCCCCUGAGUGACACCUAAAGGGUUCUCAGUCAUGUUGGCUGGAGCUGCUGGGAGUUGAACCCCCUUUAUAAUGUUUAUUCUAUGCUGGCAUGUGCUCAAAAGGUAGAUUUGCUUAUAUGUUCCUUUCCUCCUCCUCCACAGGCCGCACAGGAAGAGCAGGGCACACUGGAAAAGCAAUCACCUUCUUCACUGAAGACGACAAGCCGUUAUUGCGAAGGUACCUCCCUUGCUCACUGCUACUGCUGCUGUGACUUUUUGCCACUUGCUUGUUUCCGUUGCAAUUUUGGUCCCUGUUUGGCAACUCGUUUUCUUUUGCUUUUUUAAUAGUAAGGGCUGAAGAGCCUGUGGCAUUGACUGGUUCUGCCUGCUCCUUCCCUGGUGAAGGGCUCUUCCCCCAUUGUGAGCAGUUACAGUUGCUUUGGGUGAAGCUCUUUAGCAGCUCUCCCCUCCUACUCUUGACUUGGAAAGAGGAUAAUCUUGUAGCAAAACUCAUAAUAAAUGGCAGGGCCCCCCCUCUGCCAAAGCCUCUUUUCAUCUUUGAACAGUGGGGGUGGUCAAGUGCCCUUUUCCUGUGCCUUUGAACCCAAGAGGGACUUAGGAAGCUGCCUCUUACUGAUUCAAACCAUUGCUCUGCCUAGCUUAAUAGUAUCUACACUGAUUGGCAGGGGCUCCAGUUUCAGACAAGAGGUCUUUCCCAGCCCUUCUUGGAGAUGCCAGGAUUGAACCUGGGACCCUCUGUAUGAAAGCCACUGAGCCCUGACCCUUCCCUUAUAGUUGAUGUAUUUACAUAGUGGGGGGCUGACACUGGGGAUAUUUGGAGGCCCAGUAACCUUUUGCAAAUAUCAACUUUUGCCAGAUCAAGUUUUUGUACAGUGGUGCUCUUGCUCCUCUGACUGAAACUUUCUGAAGUUGGCAGCGAAUUAUUGACUCUCUCCUCUCUCCCUGCACCCCUGCCAUCCCUCAUUUUCUUUCCUUACAGUAUUGCCAGUGUCAUUCAGCGAGCUGGCUGUCCUGUGCCAGACUACAUAAAACAUUUUCGCAAGCUUCAAAGGUAAGUGAGCAUUUUGAUCGAGCCAAAUAGGAGAACGAUGGUGGAAGAGUGCCAGGAGUAGUUCUGUUUCCCCUCUCUUCCAGUCCACACCCUGCCCCCUCAUUUAUUUAUUUUUUGCUUGAAAACCACACCUGUUGGGCUCUGGUCAGUUGUGGCUGCUCUGGUCCUAGUGAUCUUGGACGGCUGGUCCAGGGACAUGGUACUUUGGCUCUUGGCUGUGAACUGCAUGCAUAGUGAAGCCUUUGGCCUGAGGUGACAUGCUUAUUCUCUCACUUGUUCUCUCUCACACACACACAUCAGGAGGAAAUGCAGUAGGAGGUUGAGCAGUUUGGUGGGCGGAGGGGAGCAUGAGUGUGAUGGUCAGAGUGGAAUGAGGGAAGGUAGAAGCGUUUGGUAGUGGUUGAGAAUUAGGCAGCGGGAGUGGCUUUGAGCCCUCCAGGCAGGGGCAAUACAGAAGGGUGGCAAGGACCUUAAGCUGCCUGCCUGUGCUCUGUGUGAACCACCUUCAGCUGCUUGAACGCCUUUACUUUCCCCCUCUCCCCUUGCCCCAAUGUCAUUUGCAGCAAGCAAAAGAAAAAGCUGAUUAAGAAGCCUUUGGAAAGGGAACACAUUCUUACAUCUCCCCAGUUCUUACGCCGGAAAGCCAAGAGAAAAAAGUAAGCUGAAUUUUAUUUGUUAAAAGCUUUUUGAAGGGAGCGGGGAGAGGUGUAAUUUCACUUAACCAGUUCUGCAGGACAGAGGAAAAGAGUGUGAGAAAUGUUAUUACCAGUUCUAUUUAUCCAGGUAAACGAAGUAGAAGCAGACCAUUUGAGCAUCUGUUCCCCUCAGAGCUACAAUGCCCAAAGUUCCCUGGGAAGAGAGAUUAGUGGUUAAACCACUCUGAGAAUUGUAGCUUAUUUAUUGGGUAUAUGAAGGAAGUUCUAGCACCCUUAACAAACUACAGUUCCCAGGAUUCUUUGGGGGAAGCCAUGACUGUUGAAAGUGUUAUCCUAAUGUUUUAAAUGCAUUGUGUACAUGGGGCCUUAAUACCUAGUGGGACCCAUCUACUUCAGUAUUCCCCACACAACCGCUCCCCAACCUGGUGCCCUCCAAGUGUUUAGAACUACCACUGCUAUCAGCCACUGCUACAUGCCUGUCAAAGUAAUACAACAUUUCUGUGUUGAAGAGUUUGCAAUCAAGGGACAGAAUUUCAACAGUGAUUUGUCCCUAUGGAUUUUUUAAUGAAUGAGCAGAGCAUGGAUGGGCUGUUUUAUCCUCCUAGUUCAGCUCAGGAUAUUUUCUCCUUAACAUCUGUGCACAACUGGCUUGAAGCCACCAACCUGCCGGGCAUCUCAAUGAAUGGCAGCCAUCCAGCUGCUCAUAGAGAGGGGAUCUGUGUUUGACCUUGAGAGGAGAGCCCUUCAGAUUUCUUGGAGGUGGGGAGGCAUCUGGGCUCCGUUCUGACAGUGAGGAUGCUCACGUAUACUCAAACUGCUGUUGAUUAUGGCUUAAUUUCAGGGUUAAUGCACAAGCCAAGAGUCUCUCAAACAUCUUAACCCAUGUCUCUCUUAUGUACUGUCCACCUGUCCUUUACUCAAUGUGAUCUUACGUUGACUGGAUUGGAGAUGGUGGUGUGAGUUUUUUACCCUGAAAUUUGAUUCUGCUCCUAAGUUAGCUGGAGAGAACAUGGCCUUCUGGUGUUCAAAAGGGAUUCAGGCUUAAAAACAGCACUUCCAAGAUCUGGCUCCCACACAGUCUCCUGCUGUUCUUUUUCCCUCUACCAGGGAGAAAGAGACUUUGUAAAGCUGAUUCUUGCAAGCUGCACAUCAGUGACCAAGAGCAGUUACCAACAUUUGUUGUUGUUGCAUAAGAAGGGUGUUUCAGUAACAUUCAGUGGAAUGUAGAAUUGGGAAGAAAACAGAGAGAGGAGGAUGUGUCUUCGGAUCUGAGCUUCAGUGGGAGAGAAGGUAGAACCAUCUUGGGGAGGAACCAUAUUUCAGCAGCAUCUCCAGUUAACAGGAUCAGGUUGCAGGAGACAGAAAGACAUUCCAUCCUGAGACUCUGGAGGGCCACUGCCAGCCAGAGUAGACAAUUCUGGAAGGCAGCUUCAUACAUUCCUAUGUAGCUCAGUGGUAGAGCAUCUGCUUUGCAUGCAGAAGGUGCCAGGUUCAAUCACUGGCAUCUCCAGGUAGGACUGGGAAUGUCCCCUUGUCUGAAAGCCUGGAGAGCAUCUGCCAGUUCUACCAAAUCUCAUCCACACAGUUCUGCCCUCUGAACAUUUGGCCAACACAGGAACCAAAUGGAGCCCAGAAAGUGCCCUUUUCUUGGCAUGUGAACCCUUCAUUCAAGUUAGUGCUUUUCACAUACCGUAUUUUUCGCCAUAUAGGACACACUGUUUCCCCUCCAAAAAUGAAGGGGAAAUGUACAUGCGUCCUAUGGGGCAAAUGCAGGCUCCUUGGCUUCAGCGAUAGCAACACGAAGCCUCCGAAGCCUGCGCUCCGGAGGCUUCGCGUUGCUUUCACUGAAGCCAGGAGAGUCUGCUCUUUGAGGCUGGCGGUGGGGGAAAGCAGCGCUUCCCCCCACCGCCAGCCUCACAAGCGGGUCGAAAAGCCUGCAGGAGCCGUGCUGCCUUUAAAGAGCGCGCCACUCUUGGGGGCUUUUCCCCAAGGAGGGAGAAAGGACUGACUGGCCGAGUCAGUCCCUUCUCCAUCCUGUGGGCUUUGGCGGGAGAUGGGGGAAUCCCCCCAUCUCCCGCAAAAGCAGGCAAAAGCCGCGCACUCUUUAAAGGCUGCGCGGCUUCUGCGGGCUUUUCUACGAGGUGGGGGAAUUCCCUUAAAGAGCGCGCCGCUCUUGGGGGCUUUUCCCCAAGGAGGGAGAAGGGACUGACUGGCCAUUUCAGUCCCUUCUCCCUCCUGGUCGAAAAGCCCGCAGGAGUUGCGCGCGGAAUUCCGCCACCCCCCGCAAAAGCAGGGAGAAGGUCUUGGAGUAGCGCACAGGUUGUGCAACCUGUCCGCUGCUCCCAGAGCUGCAGGGGUGGGGGGAAUUUUUUUCCUUGAUUUCCCCCCCUGAAAACUAGGUGCGCCCUAUGGGCCGGUGCUCCCUACAGUGGUGCCUCGCAAGACGAAAUUAAUUCGUUCCGCGAGUUUUGUCGUCUUGCAAUUUUUUUCGUCUUGCGAAGCACGGUGUCGGGAAAGUUUUGGAAAAGCUUCAAAAAUCACCAAAGUCUUUAAAACCUCAAAAAAGGCUACCACACCGCGUUCUAUGAGUUGCUCCUCAAAGUCAAGUCGCAACUGUAUUAACGGUGUUAAGAAAAAGGAAACAAACUUGCAAGACGUUUCCGUCUUGUGAAGCAAGCCCAUAGGGGAAAUCGUCUUGCGAAGCAGCUCAAAAAACAAAAAACCCUUUCGUCUAGCGAGUUUUUUGUCUUGCUAGGCAUUCGUCUUGCGAGGUACCACUGUAUAGGGCGGAAAAUAUGGUAAAUCCUCAAGUCUGACUGCUUUUAACAUUCACACCUUUCUACUUAGCUUUUAAAAAACCCAAAACCCUUUAAAUAGGUUUUCUCAUGCCAGCUUUUUUGUUUAUUAGCAGCUAGGCACAGUGCUUCAGUUCUCUGUAGCUCAUAUUUAUAUGCGUUACAUAAGCACCUGCUCUGUAUUAAACUCUGCCAGAAGUGAAAUAUUGAACAUAAGAAAUUACCUUAGACUGAACACAACCAUCAGUCUAUCUAGCCUAGCAUUGCCCGUUCUACCUGGCAAAACCCAAGGCCACUUUUUAGCUGGAUUUGAACCUGGGAUCUUCAUGCGCAGAGCGCACUCUACAACUGUAGGCCCCACUCUACACAAUCUGCUUUGUUGACAGCUAGUAGACUGCUAUAAGAGCCUGAUGAUUGUUAUUAAAUUGGUUACAUGAAGGUACUUUUUUCCCUUUUAGGAGAAUUGCUCAGAAAGGAGUGAAGAAAGAUUCCAAGGAAGCCAAAACUGAGAAAUCUCAGGCACAGACUGUUCCAGAAAACUGAUGCAGCGCUUUGAAGCAUUGCUCAAAAUAAGCAGGGAUGCUAUGUUAUUUGCAGGAAUCUGGGAGGCUACACGGACCACUGAUGGAACAAAGAGGUUUUUUUAUAUUGGGGUGCAUUUUGCCUCUCUCUGUUAUGUUUUUUGGCAGAUUUUCUAAGCAAGCCCUUUCCUGCCGUUGUUUGGGGGGAGGGGGUCAGGCCAUCCUGUGCUGUGACAUUUUUUUGCCAGGCUUCAAGGAGGACAGCGCAAUGGCAGAAAUGGCUCAUCUUCCUUCACUGAUGAUAAACGUUCUUGCAUCCCUGAGUGCUGAGGGGGACUUCCCAUGUCAGUAAAGGAAGGCAGGAGUGCCAAAGGGGUGCCCUGCCACUUAUGCCUUCAGAUUGCUUUCUCUUGUACCCCAGUCUAGCAAAUAAAGCAGGGCUAGGGAGCCUGUGGAUCCCUCCAGAUGUUGGGUUUCCAACUCCUAUGUACUCCCAACAGCAUCCAGAAGACCACAGGUUCCCCAUUCCUGCUUGCUAUACAGUAUUAGGUUCUGUAACUGCUAUAAGGUGUAAGACAGUCGUUGCAAGCUUGAUGCUGCAAAUUUAUAACACACGGGAAAGUGAAUUUUAAAUCCACAGUACAAGACCUGUAGAUGGAAAUACCCAAGAGUGUUCCUCUUGCACUAAUUUACAUGCUUUACACAGGUUCACCGGCCAUAAAAUCUGUAAGUCUUCGCAAUAAACUGCCUCCAAAUGGUUUUGUUA